AUGUCCAGCCCUCUCGGCCUCUCCAUCUGCUACGACCUGCGCUUCCCGGAGAUCUCCCUGGCGCUGCGUCGCGCCGGCGCCGAGGUCCUCACCUUCCCCUCCGCCUUCACCGUCCCCACCGGCUCCGCGCACUGGGAGGUCCUGCUGCGGGCGCGGGCCAUCGAGAGCCAGUGCUACGUGGUGGCGGCGGCGCAGAGCGGGAGGAACCACGAGGGCCGCACGUCGUACGGGCACGCGCUGGUGGUGGACCCCUGGGGCGCGGUGGUGGCCCAGUGCCGCGAGGGCCCGGGGCUCUGCUACGCCGAGAUCGACCUGCCCUACCUCCACCGCCUGCGCCGCGACAUGCCGGUGCUCGACCACCGCCGCCACGACCUCUACGGCGCCGUGGGGCUGGGGGGAGCACAGUGAGACACCCCCUCUGCUCCCCCACGGGGUCAAAAUCCCACCCGGCACCAAAUCCGCAACGUUUCACACCGUUUCUACCCAAAAAACGCAGCAGAAAGCACUUGGGGUCCCCAGUGCCACAGCCAGGAGGGGGUGUCCCCCCCCAUAGAGCCAAAUCUGCACCAUUUCUACCCAAAACACAGCAGCAAAAAGCACUCAGGGUCCCCAGGCCCCAGUGCCACAGCCAGAAGGGGGUGUCCAUCUUCCCCCGGGGCUGAAAAACCCACAUAGAGCCAAAUCUGCACCAUUUCAGACCAUUUUUACCCAAAACACAGCAGCAAAAAGCACUUGGGUCCCCAGUGCCGCAGCCAGGAUGGGGUGUCCCCCCCCCAUGGCUGAAAAACCCACAUAGAACCAAAUCCACACCAUUUCAGACCAUUUCUACUCAAAACACAGCAGCAAAAAGCACUUGGGUCCCCAGUGCCACAGCCAGGAAGGGGUGUCCAUCUCCCCCUGGGGCUGAAAAACCCAUGUAGAGCCAAAUCCAGACCAUCUUUACCCAAAAUACAGCAGCAAAAUGCACUUGAGCCCGUGGUGCUGCAGCCAGGAGGGGGUGUCCCCCCCCGGGGGCUGAAAAACCCCCAUAGAGCCAAAUCCACACCAUUUCAGACCAUUUUUACCCAAAAAACACAGCAGAAAGCACUCGGGGUCCCCAGGGGGUGUCCCCCCCACUUUUCUGUGUCCCUGGCACCACU